AGAGCAGAGCAGAACCCACUCAGAGUUGGCAAGGAUGGCAAUGGACAGCAAGGAGGUUCUUCUGAUGGAGGCACCACCUGAUUAUACUGCAUCCCCCCGACUUCCUGGGCUCCCUUGCAAGAAGCUCUUGAUUGUUGUGGUUGUGGUGGUAGUGAUAGUCUUGGUUGUUUUGGGCUUCCUUCUGAUGGGCCUGCAUAUAACUGAGAAGCACACUGAAACGGUCCUGCAAAUGACCAUUCAAGGUCUGGAUGGAGAUGGUUCUCUGCAGCACCUUUCCAUGACUCGGAAAGAGCGGCUGGCAACAUUCCAUGUCCGUGUGGAUAGCAAUACUUCCGCCACUGUGGUGUAUGACUACAGCAAUCUGCUGAUUGGGUACAGAUCUUGGCCAGGACCGUCCUGCUGCGUCACCAAGAUGAACAAGGAGAAUAUCCCAAGCCUGGAUGAUAUCACCAAGUCUUUCCAAAAAGUUCAGUGCAAGCUUCCUACAGCCCCCCACCAGCAGACUGAGGAGAAGGAAGAAGGGCUCCUUGUCUUCCUGACUGAUCGCUCUCUCCUGAGCACCACAGUUAACAUCCUCUGCAGCAGCGUUCCCAUCUACUGGGCUUAGAGGAGAGGUGGGUGACAAGCAAGUCUGACAAAUGUCAAGGCCAACAACCAAACCUAACUUACCCACCAACUACAACUUCCAAAAAAGUCUUCUAACAAUGUUCCUGUCAGAAAGAGUCCUGAGAUGACUCAUAGGGUACCUCUCUUCCCACACAAUUCUGAAGCCUUUUUCUAGAGUCUUGUUUUUGAGUAUGAACUUGAUUAACCCCCCACCAAAUGCUAAAUCUCCCCCAACAUGAAGGCCCAAGUGACAUGAUCAGCAGAGUCAUGUGGUCAAAUUAUACCACUUCAGACUGAAAAUGGGAGUUUAAGUGCUUGAGUGCUUCUCCUGUAUAGAAAAAUACACAAGUGGCAUAUCUGGGCUUUGAACAGCAGUUAUGGAGCUGGGAUUUUUUGUUGAUAUCAAGGAACACUCAAACAUUCAGACCUCCCCAGACAGUCUGAAGUGGCACAGACCAGCAUCAGGUAAGGCUGUAGACUAUGUACCUUGCUUCUAAGCCAUCAAGAUUUCAAGGCAGUGGAAAUGCACUAGACCCUUUUAAGUCUAUUUGCCUAAAUUUUAAAUAAUUGUCUUUUAGAAUCAUUAUUGAUGGUACCUAAUGUGAACCAAACUUCGACAGGCCUUUUCCUUUAUAAUUUUUAUUGAUCUGCUGUCUUAUGCUGUGUUUUUAUGCUGCUUGCAAAAAAACCCCACGCCUAUAAUAAAUGAAGCAUGGAAAA